CAAUUCCAGUUUUUUUCAUGUGCUAUUGCGCGUAAUAACAGCAACGCCAUUUCCUGAUAUUUAUUUAAAUCUGAAAAAAUACGUUUAUAGGAAAUAUGGCUCACAUGAAGGCUAUCGUUUACUCUAAAACAGGUGGUGACGGAAUGGGCAAAGGAAAGGAAUGUUUGAAAAAUGGGGGUUUAGAGAUGAUACAAAAAAUAUUGACGGAGCUGAAGAUGGACGGUAACAACAAAAUAUUCCUAGGAAUUCUGGAAAAAUUGUUUAAAACUGAUAAAUGUUCUAAAUAUAUAAAUUUCCAAAGGCUGGACAUAAUUAUUAUGUUCUUGACGAUGGUGGAAAACUACUCCGUUGACAAUUAUCUCGAUGUAUUUCAUUGUUUUGAUAAGUACUUCAUAUCUAGUGAAUUGAGAAAAUUGACAGUCAAAGCUGCAGAAAUAAGAGAGUUCUCAAUUUUAGGCAUGGGUGAUUUUGGGAUAGUGUCGUUUGGUAAGCUAGGUGAUUCGUUAGUCGCAGUGAAAAGAGCGAAACAUGGCUGUGUCGGUACCAAACUACUACAAGAAGCCAAAAUCAUGGCUGGCUUGGACCAUGAAAAUGUGGUCAAACUAGUGGCUUUUCAGAGGGAUCCUACGAAAAUCGUAAUGGAAUACGUACAGGGAGUGACUCUUAACACUGCGGUAUAUUCCCAUCUGAUCGUGGGUUUGGAUAUCUUGAAAGCCCUACAUGGCGUUGCUGCGGGUAUGGAGUACAUAGCGGGGAAAAAUAUCAUCCACAGAGAUCUGCACGGCAAUAACAUUUUGAUAGAUUCGAAUAAAGUGUGCAAAAUAGGCGACCUUGGUCUGGCGAGAUACGUGGGAUAUAACCCGAAAUUAGAAUUCAAAGAGAAGAAUCCUCUGCAGAUUCUCUUUCACAAUCCACCAGAGACCCUCAAAAGCCACAUCUUCACGACAAAAAGUGACGUCUGGUCAUUUGGUGUAUUGGUCUUGGAUUUGUACAAGUUUGAGGAAACCCUUUCUGGAACAGUAAAAGUCAAAUGGAUUUGGGAGUCGCUGAUCAAUUUUGAGAGGAAAGGAAGGAAAGGAACAUUUGGGUUACCUCGCCCAGAAUCGUGUCCAUUGAUUCUGUUCCAUUACGUAGCGGAAGAAGUUUUAGAUAUAGAGCCUUGCCGGAGACCAGCGUUUAGUUCUAUCAGAAAAAGAAUUGGUGAUAUGUUACCUGUUAAAUUGAAAUAA